UCGGCUCAACGUUAAUAUUAAAACUUAGCGCAUAUAGAUUCUGGAAACCAAACAUUUAGAAUCCAAAAUGGAAACAAAUUCGAUGGACAGUCAGAAUUUAGUAGAGGAAAAUCAGCCCCAGCAGCCGGCUGACCCACUGUCACAGAUCAAACAUGACCUGGAAGGAUGGAGGGAGGUCCUCUUACCCCUCAACAAUUUGCUGAACUGGGACAAACCUGUCUACCCAGGCAUCAUUAUAGGAUUCACCACGUUUCUCUUCUUAAUGAUCUGGUACUUUGAACCAUCAGUUCUAACAACAUUCUCCCUUCUAGGCUUGAGCUUGAGUCUCAUAGACUUCUUGGUGCCCUUGGUUGGUCCUAGUGUGCUAGGACGCAGUAAAUGGACUGGUGUCCAGGAGAAACAGUAUGAACAGAUCUGUAUCAGGAUUCUCAACUUCCGUUACCACAUCUCAGACGUAGUAGAUACCAUGGUAACAUUGAAAAAUGAGCGACCGAAAGUUUAUUUCAUGUUGGUUAUGGGCUUCCUUGCCUUGUUCGCGUGGGUUGGCAGCAAAAUUGACAACUUACUUCUCACCUUCCUUAUGUUGAAUCUCACCUUACUGAUGCCUGGCAUGCGACGACAGAAAGUCAUCCAAGGCUACCUGAACAAGAUCGGAGCUGUUUUCAAGAAAACAGUCUUGGGAAAAUCCAAGUCAAAGUAGAAUGGGAGUGUGAAAUUUUGAGAUUUAAAGUAAUAAUCAUUGUGCAAUAUAUUUGCUUACAUCUUUUUGUAGUGAAAUAAAUUUUAAAGAUCUUAUUUGUUGUAAAGGGCAAUUGUAUCGCUUGAGAGGGUAAUUGGAGUGUAUGACAAACCUCUCCUCGACAAAACACCUUCCACUUAAUUUUAAGUAAGCAGACAGAAUACUGACUGUAAACAUUCCAUGCUGUUUUAUUCUAAGAUAUUUCUGGCCUGGAAUUUUUCAUGACUCAUCCUGAUUUCAGACACUUUUAGAUGACAGUAGCUGCCUUAGAUAACUCCAUUUUAAAAGAAGAUUUCAGCUUCAAAAUUUUUUUUUGACUGAAUCCCAGGCCCAAUAUUUCCAUGGACAAUUACUAUGUAUAGUAAGGUCUAAAAACAGUUGUUGAUAUUGAAAUGUAAAAAUAAAUUUACAUUUUAUGCUUAAUUUUGAUAGUUCCGUUAAAUGCAUUGGAGAGGUUUUUGUCGUCUCCUUGAAAUAUCAGUGGGAGAGGUUUUGUGUAGGUGUUUGGUCUAGCUCCCAGGUAAUUAAUACUUGUGUUUGGUGUUAAGGAAAUGAAAUUUUUGCUAAUAUAUAGCCAUUUUUUAGCUCACCUGUCACAAAGUGACAAGGUGAGCUAUUGUGGCCGCUUGAUGUCCGUCGUCCAUCAACAAUUUCUAAAAAAAUCUUCUUGAAAACCACUGGGCAGAAUUACACCAAACUUCACAGGAAUGAUCCUUUGGUGGCCCCCUUUCAAAAUUGAUCAAAUAAUUGAAUUCCAUGAUGCAGAACUCUGGUUGCCAUGGCAACUGAAAGGAAAAACUUUAAAAAUCUUCUUGUCCAAAACCACAGGGCCUAGGGCUUUGAUAUCUGGUGAGUAGCAGCAUCUAAUGGUCCUCUACCAAAAUUGGUCAAAUUAUCCCCCUAGGGUAAAAAAUGGCCUCGCCCCGGGGGUCACAUGGUUUAUAUAGACUUAUAUAGAGAAAACUUUUGAAAAUCUUCUUGUACAAAACCACAUGGCCUAUGGCUUUGAUAUUCGGUAUGUAGCAUCAUCUAGUGGUCCUCUACCAAGAUUGUUCAAAUUAUCCCCCUAGGUUCAAAUAUGGCCACCCUCCGGGGAUCACAAGUUUUACAUAGACUUACAUAGGAAAAAAGUUUAAAAACCUUCUUGUCUGAAACCACAACACUUAGACCUUUGAUAUUUGGUUUGUAGCAUUGUCUGAUGGUCCUCAACCAAAAGUGUUCAAAUUGUACCCCUUGGGUGAAAAGAGGCCCUGCCCUGGGGGUCCCAAGUUUUAUAUAGACUUAUAUAGGAAAAAGCUUUAAAAAUCUUCUUGUCUGAAACCACACGACCUAGGAUUUUGAUAUUUGGUAUGAUGCAUUGUCUAGUAGUCCUCUACCAAAAUUGUUCAAAUUAUGCCCCUGGGGGUAAAAGAGGCCCCGUCCUGGGGUCACUUAGUUAUUAUGUGAGUUAUAUAGGAAAAAUACAUAAAAAAUCAUCUGAUCCUAUUUCCAACACUGUUUAAUUAUAAUUACUUGAUGACCCCAAGUAAUAUGAUGUCACUUGACUGUUACUUUGACCAACUGACCUACUUCUUUGUUUUUUAAGAUACAGCCUUGAAAUUUUGAUGACAUACACAGUUUUGCACAAAUCGUAAAACUGAAUUUCAUUGACCAUGAAUGUGACCUACUGACUUUCUUAAUAUUUUAUCAUCAGUUUGACAUUUGAAAUAUGUAGCUCGUAUUACUCAGGUGAGCGAUCCAGGGUCAUCAUGACCCUCUUGAUCAAUAUAUGCAUUAGAUUUUUUACUUAAUAAAGAGGUCUUCUGUGACUGUACAUGACUGAUAGUGAAAUGUUGUGUAUGAUUUUUUUCUCUAUAUAAUUUUACAUACAGUACAGUUAAACCUAUACAUAUUGUAGUUGGAGUGCUAAUUAGUCUGUAUUGAGACAUUUACUGUGAAGCUAGGUAUGUCCUGUCACUGUUUAAUGUUAAACUGUUUCAUAAUGUAUAAUAAAAUAUGAGAAAUUGGAAAUGGGAACAGUGAAAUGUGAUGUCACCACCAGGCUUUCGUACAUUGUAAUAGCUGGUUACUCGGCAUGCUUUUGCUUACUAGUAUGGUGCAGAGGUUGCUGUUCUGUACAAUUCUGUUACAAGUUAUAGUUAGAUAUUUAAUAAGUAUAUAUAAGCAACAUAGCAAAAAAAGGGACUCCAGAUAUUGGGGAAAAACCCUUAAAAACUUACCAACUGGCCUGGAUAUGAGACUCUUGUAGAAAUUCAUAGAACCUAGACAUUAAACACUGGGAACAUUUUGACUGACAUUUUCUUUCACAUUUCAUAUGCAUCUAUAUUAUAUGGGAUCUAUAUGGAAAUGAAUUAUAUACUAGGUUUGCUUCGCAGUAAUUACUUGUGUUGCAUUUAGUAGUGCCUUUAAAUUUGUUUUGGAGUAGAAUCAGUAACUAUGCAUUUCAGCUUUUUUAAAUUUACCAUUCCAUGUUUGAUAAUUAAAAUUUCUUUGCCAUUUUUUGUUGAAAACAGAUGCUUUGUUUUUUGGGAAUGUUCGACUAUAAACAUAUGGAUAUUAAUUUCAUCAUUUGUUUGUCAUAUGUGUGUGUAUUCUGUCAUGAAACCGAAACUAUGUGCCAAAGUCAUUAUGUUUGUUUUAUGUUAAGUUGCUUGCUUCAUGCUCAUAUCAAUCAAUACAUAAUUUUAUGCUUAUUUACUUUCCUUUAGAUUCUAGCUGUAGAACAUAAGACUUGUCAGCUUACCUGAUUAAUUCCGAUCUUCCAUUUCUAUAAUUUGCUUGUGAAUUUUCUGGCAUUUAAACUACCCUGUAGAAGACAGUCAAAACAUGUUCCUAAAUGCUUCAAAAAUAUGUGUUUGGUUAUUUUCUGUUUGUGAGAUAACUGUUUGGUAAUGUUUUGAAAAAAAAGUGCUUUAGAUAAUUUUUUAACCUUUAGCCUGCUAAAGGCAAGUGAUUCUGCUUUUGCGACCAGUGCAGACCAAGAUCAGCCUGCUGAUCAGGUCUGCACUGUUCGCUACUCGGUCGGUAAAUUUUCGGACAACACCCCUUUGAUUAAUAAGUGUUACUGCCCUAAUUGAAUGAUGGACCAGUCCAUUUUAGAAAUUUAGCAUGGUAAGGGUUAAAUAGUUAUAAAACAAGUUGUUUGUGACUAUCAUAGGACAGUGACUAUUUUACAUCUUGUUUUUAGACUUUUAGAGAGGUAUGUAAACAAGUUUUAUGGGUUUUGAAUUGUUUGUAGGUUUCUGGCAAUUUUUAUAGGAAAUAACACUUUUUGCAAAGACUACAUUAUUUUGCUGUAUAUCACUUUAUACAAGUGAUAAAACAUUCAUAUUUUAUUUUUAUUGACUGAAAUAUAUCAGGGAGUGUGUCUUCCCUUUCUUUUUCGAUGGUACCCAAAACAAGCCAUCUGUGUUAAUUGUUUGAAUCUCAUUAACCAGUGUAGUUCUAAGGAUAAAAUCAGUAGGGGCUUAGACUUCUCUUUUGAGUGCUGUAUGUGUGUAUGUUUUUGAAGUCAUAAAUUAAUGACUGAUUUUUCUUAGGCAAGUCAUUUUCAGCAGUGAUGUCCAUAACCAACCCUGGGCUACAUGCAACAAACAUCUAAGUUAUUUAAACGUAUAUUUCAUCAGGCAUGUUGUUAAGUAUGGUUGCAAAAAAAAAAAGAAAUAGAAAUCUAAAAUUUCAUCAUAUAGCUUUUUUAAAAAAAAAACUUUAGGAUGUCACAGUAUGUUUUACAAUACUGAAACUUAAGACUGUUUAGCUCUCCUGAGCACAAAAUUCUUGAACAGAGAAUUUAGGAUCAUUGAGUGUCAGCUGACUGUCCAUUGUCCAAGAUUUCUUUAAAGAACAUCUCUUCCUAAACCACUAUAGCAGUUUUAUCCAAACUUUAAAGGAAUGUUCCAUAUGUGAUCCCAUCAGAUAACUUUAAAUCCAGGUAAUCCAUGUUGAAUUCUGGUUGGCAUAGAAACUGAAAGGAAAAACUCAAAAAAAUUAUCUUCCAAGAAACAGCUAGGCUAAGUCAGAUUGUGAAAUAAGUGCACAGAAAUGGUCCUUUCGUAUCCCCUUACCAAUGCUGUCAGAUCAUUCUAAUUUUGAUUCCAUUACUCAUGUUUUUAUUUCGAUAUAAAUGAGAUGUGAACUCAAAAUUUAUAGUCUGUUUGGCGCCAUAUAACCUAUACUGGGUUGGUGCGCCGUAAUACCCAAAUUUCAGAUUAAUUUCACAGAAAUAAUUCCACCUUAAGUGACCCUUUACCAAAUUUCUUUAAAUAAUACCUUUUCAUUGAAAAAUAUUGCUAUUAGGGGAUGAGGCUAAUUUUCCCUAUGUGGCUAAAUGGUAAAUUUUGAAAUACUCACCUCUGAAACUUCUGGCUUGAUGUAAAAAUAAGUUUUCUCUAUAUGGAAAGCUUGGAUAAUCUGUUCCUCUCGACCACUGGUUGGAUUUGAGAAUAGUUUAACAGCAAUGUUCCUUUGAUGACCCUAUACCAGAUUCCUUCAAGCCAUGUUGAUUUGUUAAGAACAAUGGCUUCCUGGAGGCAGGUCUAGUUUCUCUAUAUGACUGCAUGGAACACUUAAAAAAUCCUUCUGAAACUGGUGGCUUUAUUUGAAGAUAAUUUCACAGCAAUGUUCUUUCGGUGACUCUGUACCAAAUUCCUUCAAAUCAUUCUGUUUCAUUAGAAAACAUGACCAGCAGGGGUGGGGCUAGUUUUCCUUAUAUGGCUUUAUGUAAUGCUUUGAAAAUCUCCUUUCAUACCGCUGGUUUAGUUUCAAUAUAAUUUGACAGCAGUGUUCCUUGGGUGACCCUGUACCAAAUACUUACAGGCAUUGUUGAUUUGUUAGAAAACGUGGCUGCCUUGGGAGCAAACUGACUUAGCCAAGUAACUCAGGUGAGCGAUCUAGGGUCAUCAUGGCCUACUUGUUUAACUUACUUUGUUGUCAAUAUUGAUUUUGUAACAGUUUUCAGAGUUACUGUAGUCAUGUGUUGUAAUGUACAAAUAUUUAAUUUCUGUUGUUUAAAUGUAAUCAUUAAAAAGAAAGUCAUUUGAAGUUAGGAAAGGAGUCCUUAAAUGAUUCUUUUGACUCUGUAAAACAUGCAUUUUGAGUUUUUAAUUUCAGUUAAGUCCAUUUUAUGAAUAUUGAUCUGAUCCUCAGUAAGGUGUAAAUAUUCAGUCUAAAACUUUCCCUGUCUUGCCUCUCUAUUAUAUGUAAUCUUUCAGUUCAGUCUUUGUUAGUUAUUACAUGUGUUUUAUCAUUUUUAUCACAUUUUCAUGUUGCUUAAUAGUUACUAAUGUUUGGUUUAUUAUUUAUGACUAAUAUGUAAUAAGAGUGCUAGUUUUGUUGUUUUUGCUGUUAAUCCAUAUUUUAGCCGUUUAUGAUUUUUUAUGACAUUUGCAUUGGUGUAUAUACUUUUUAGGCCUAACAGUAUUUAGCUCACCUGUACCAGAGGUUCAGAGGGAACUAUCAUGUAUGUUAUCUGUUGUUCAGAAUUAGCUUUUCGCUUUUCUUCUCAUGGAUUUUAUUCUCUGUUGAAUUCAGAAAAUAUUUACCUGAGUAUGUCAAGAUAUUUUACUAAUUUGCUAAACCCAAAGUUCCUCAUUUGAGCAAUUUUUUGUUAAAUGGCAUGCAUAUUUCCUAAAAUAUUACUUGGUUAACUGUGUUGCUUUUCUAAAAUCUAGCUACUUGUAUGUUACUUGUAUGUACAUCAAAUGAAUGACGAGUAUUUUGUUGAUUAUUUAUUGUCAUCUGCCAUAAUCUGAUACUUGCUGUAAAUGUUAAGUUCAUUUUUGUCAUACAUUAAAGGGUUUAAAAAGCC